AUGUGCCCUUCGUUGUUUUUUUCAACUGAUUCAUUUAUUUCUAUCGUCUUCACAAACGGGAAUCUCCUCUUCUUCUCUCCAACUCCAAAACAUGCCACCAAUGACCUCCACUCAACGGGAUCUAGCUCAACUAAUCAAUCAUUCAACGCAUCUCAAGGUCUCGGCCAACAAAUCCUUGCCGCCUUUGCUCUCUCGGGAGCCCAUGGCGCUGUCGUCGAUCUAAAACAAUAUUCUGCAGAUCAAUCUGUGAAGAGUCUACAGAGAGAAGUCACCUCCGCCAAGCUGCCACCCGCCAAGCUUCACGGAUAUGAAUGCGACACUUCCUCCGAGGAAUCCGUGAAAUUCACGUGGUCCAGAAUCGUCUCCGGGUUUGGUACCGUCAACAUCCUAGUGACCAAUGCUGGAAUCACUGGCGGAGCACCUGCAGAAGACUACCCUUUCGAAGACUUUAAACAGAUGAUCGACGUGAAUCUGAGCGGAACUUUUCUGUUCGCAGGACAGGCGGUGAAGUGGAUGAUUGAUAGUGGUGUCAAGGGUAGAAUAUUGAUGGUCAGUAGCAUGAGUAGGACCAUCGUCAAUCGACCGCAAAAGCAAGCUGCGUACAACGCUUCCAAAGCAGCUUCGUCUCAGCUCAUGAAGUCUCUAGCUGCGGAAUCGGCGCCGCACGGAAUUCGCGUGAACGCUUUAUCUCCAGGGUACAUUGAGACAGCUGCAAAUGCGGGCGAAGAAAUGGAGGAGCUGAGUAAAAAGUGGAUAAAAGACAAUCCCAUGGGAAGAAUUGCAAAGCCUGAAGAGUUCAGAGGGACUGCUGCAUGGCUGUGCAGUGAUGCAAGCAGCUAUGUGACCGGGAGUGAAAUCCUCGUGGAUGGUGGUUAUGUGGUGUGGUAA